AUGGCACAGAUAGCCUUGCCACGACAACAGGUUGCGCAGGCACCACAAUCGGUUGGUGUAGGCUCACCGCUUUACCAGCGGCGUCGCACCUCCAACGCCGGCCCCAUCGAGCUCAUUCCAAAUCCCGACUUCACUUUCCCACAGCGUGCUCCCGAGCCGCCAUCCUCAGAGCCCUCAACUGUAACCAAUGUUCGUCCAAUGUCUCUACAGGCAUAUCCAACUAGUCGGCGGGGCUCAACACCAGGAAUGAGGCAGAAGUCAGUCAGCGCAUUGCCCGAUUUCUCCUUCAACCCUUCGGGGGCAUCUCAAGGCCUGAGCACUGGAACGACGCCGCCGCACUCGCCUAUGGAAAUCCCGACGACUCCUUCGAGGCCAAUUGGACACAGGCGUGGUGGGAGUGAAUUCAUUGGAGGAGAUGGGCGAUCGGGAGGCGUAAACUUGAUGAGCACAAGCCCAACGAAAGGUGAUGGUGUUCUACCUGCGCCAAACACCACUCUUCGUCCUGGUCCGCCAGCAGGACGGAGAGGCCAUGCCCAUCGACGUUCAGGUGCCAUUUCUUCUCACGACGUCUCAUCCAUGAUGCGUCCCAGUGACCCCACUGUUCCACCGCGGGCUGGGAGUGCACCUGCCACUCCAAUGGAGGGUGAAAUGCCAGCCUUCGGCCACUCAGUCAACAAGUCCGUGUCGCAGCCGUCGUUGCGAGGAGAGAUUAGCUUUUUCCCGGAGGACCCGAAUUCCUCCCCUCGACGACCACCAUCGAGAGCCCGCGUCGGAUUCUCUGAUAAAGUCGAAUAUAUUCGUCCAUUGUCUACGAUUUCUUCCGAGACAGAAACGUCAUUGUCAACCGUUCGUUGUCACUCGGCCACAGGGAGCCUCUCGUCCGUCAUCAGCGCAGGAACCUCAAGUCCACAAUCUGCACGAAUGGGUCGACCCUCGCUUAACACUACCUUGGAAAAUGAGGAACGACCCAGCACAGCUGGGGCCGUUCUAGAUAAACACAAGAAUGGUACUUUCGGCAGUGAUCUAUUUAGUCGCAAGCGGCCCAUGUCGGCAAUCUCUCCAGCUUCCCCCACUGCUAUUUCGAGCCCAAUAUCUCCACGCAUCCCGGCAAAGCGACGAGGCUUCUUUCGCCUCGAGUCACGACGCAGCGACCCUUCAAUCCGACCCCUUCAAUCGAGCGCUUCGGAUCCAGCUCUAUCCGGUCCUUCACACUCGCCUCUGGUGUCGCCCAUGAGGGAUACGGACUCUGACGAAGCACCAGAAGAUUCGGAGAAAUCUAAAUCAUCGUCUCGCAAAUCAAGCCGCAAGCCACGAAAGGUGAAGUCUUGGGCCAAUUCCAUCAUCUCCCGCAAAGGAAAACACAGCAAUAAACCCAACCGUCGGGCUCCAACACCACCUCCAGAAUCAACGGCCGAUGCUGAAGAUACUGAUGGUUCCGAUGAACUUGACUUUGAGGCUAACUUCGAUGAUGAUAACACUGUCACGAUUGUCUCACCAAACGAGAACACUACUACUGAACGAAAGGUAGAGACCGAUAUUGCUUCAUGGAAGCCCCGAGAAUUCAAGCGGGUCGACUCUGACUCAAUGAGUCCUGUGAUCGAUUUAGACGCCGCCCUUGGCCCAUUCAAUACUCCUCAAGGAUCAAACCAGCGAGGACAGCAGCGUGGGUUUGCUGCUCACAGGCGCGCCAUGCAUAGCGCUGGAGGCAUACUACAGAGCCAUCGUCGAACCGAAAGUGCGCCUGAGCUUGCUCCAUUCGAACUGAGACCAUCAACUGUCGGGGCCCCUGCCACCAUGGCGGACGUUUUCGAAGAGGAGGAACCCGAGGAAGACAUAUCAGCAUUAAAUUCAAGCCCAACAUCACCAGCUAGUGUCCCGGAAGAGGCCGAGGAGGAUGUCGAAGAGCCAAAGAUUCAGGUUGUUGAGGCUGACGAGGUUCACAAUGGUUCAAAAAUCAACUGGAACUUCAAUGACGGUCUAGGCAUCAAACGAGACGAGAAGGCACGUAGGUACAGACCAUGCGAACCCGUAUCUCCCCAUGAAUUUCCAAAUACCAAGCAUCCCAUGCUUGGUGAGAACGGAUCGAAGCAAUCUGUCGAUGCCAGCCCUGUCGAGGUAGUCGAGGAUUACGAGGAGCCACGAACUUCCUCUUUAACGCAUUCAUCUGAUUCUACAGUGACACCACCAAUGCCAGCUGAUGAGACCAAAGGCCCUCAGCCAGUCAUGAACUUGGCUCUCCCGCUACCCCAGCAGAGCCUGAUGACACCCGACACAUUUACCUCGUCGUUCUCGUCUCCUGAUUUUCGAUCCAGCCAGACUUCAUUCGACACUCCUCGAUUAGGCACUGCAGCAUCAUCAGUCACUGACUACCGUGCGAUGCCGUCUCCACAUUUUGGCGAGCCAGGACCGGAAGUGCGUAUUUCGGUAGACGAUGUACCAUCCCUGACGUCCUCGAGGUCCACAAUGACGAGUGGCAUGCAUAACGCUUUCUCAAUGAUGAGCCCUCGACAACCUGGCGAUCGAUCCGCAUCCUUGUGCUCUAUUCCCAGUGACAUUGAGCAGCGACGUCGUAAGCGUUCUAGUAUUGCGAGCUUGUCCCGGCUAAUCAAUGGCUCUUCUUUCGGAGAGAAGAGCAAGCUGUCAAUCGAGCAGCGCCCACAGUCUGAAUAUCUUGAACCUACCAAGGAGUCGAAAAAGAAGCAU